UGGAAGCCAGUGGGCAGGGGCUGGGGGGAAGGGCACCCCUCCCCCAAAGCACCUCUCCCCUUUGACCUCACCAGCCCUGUGUGUCAGGUGGGUGUGCCCACAGACCACAUGAUUCUUCCCUGCCAGAGGCCAGGGUCCCAGAGGCAGUGUGAUGGGGGGCAGGCCUCCAGGCAGGCUAGGGUGCCCCAGCAGAGGCACCUGAUGCAAGUGGGGACACGCUGGCUGCCCAGCCCAAGGGAGGUCCAAGGAGGGAUGGAGGGGGUUGGGAGGCAGGAGGGAGAAAAGGGUGGGUUCACCUCCACACUGCCAGUCUGGGAUCGCAGCAUUCGGCCCACCCAUGAGGACUGAGCCAGCCGUAGGAGGCAAGAUUUCUGGAAGGUUUGCAGCUCGGCCUCCAGCUGCUGCAGCGUGUUGGUGGUCUGCAGCAGCCGCUCCUCCAGGUCCUCCUUCUCCUGCUCCCAGCUCCAGGGUCAGCUUCCGGACCUGGUUCUGCAGGAACUUUUCCUGACUGCAGGAACUCCUGGGAGAGGGGCAAUCUCAGCAGCCUGCCUCUGGGUCAAGCAAGGGCUCCUGAGGGCAGAUCAGUGGCCAAGAAGGGGGCAAGGAUGGGCUCCACUGUCAUCUUGACCUGUGGGCACACAGUACUGAAGGCCAGGGCAGGCUCUGCCAGCUCUGGGCAGGGGUCACGCUCGGGGGGCAGGGGCAGAGUUGGGGCUGGAGUUAGGGUCAGGGCAUGUUAACUUACCCAGGCUCAGGCCCUGGCUCAGGCUCAGGCUCACGCUGGGGUUGGGAUCAGAGAGGAACCAGGAGCUAGGGCCAGGACAGGGGCCAGGUUGGGCUGGGGGCUUUGCUGCUGACCUCUCAGCAGUGGUGGGGAGGCCGAGCACCUCCUGCAGGAUGCGACAGUGCCGGGCACUCUGGCCAUUCUGGAUUGCCCACCGCAAGGCCUGGAUUUCCAGUUCUCGCUGUCCCCACAGCAGCCGGAGGGUGCAGGGGUCCAGGGACUCUGGGGCCAACCUGCAAUACCAGCACCCCUGCUGCAUGACCAGGCCUCCCUGCCCAGGAGGCUGACCACCCUUCCCUCCCCUCCUUACCGCAAGUUGACAGGACAGACCACCCAUGUGGGGUGGGGCUUAGUGUCCUGUGGGCACAUGGGAACUGUGGGGUCUGCAGGUGUCCCAGCUGGAGACCCCAGGUCUCCGCUGACCGGCUCUCGAUCUGCCAGGGAGGGGAGUGCCUCCUCCUUGGCUCCCUCAGCCUCCUGGCCAGACUCAAGGGCCAUUCUUGGUGUUCCUGGGAAGCUGGGAGGGGUGAUGGGGCUGAGUCUGCCCUGUGUUCCUUGCGUGGUGCCCCCCCACACACACACACGCACACGGUGGAGAGAUCCAGGCAGCACUGCCAGUUCACAGGGCAUCACUCUCAGAGGAGGCCCAUAUGUGGGCAUGUCUACCUGACAGGACACCAGGCUGUGGUCAUGUGGUCACACGGGAGUCCACACCUGUGGGUUUCUGACCAGGCUAGGCCAGCAGGUCACCCACCAGGGAAAGUUUCCCUGUUGUGUCCUCCCUACUACCCUUGCCCUUAACCUAGAGCAAAUGACCCAGAGGUGCCAACCCAAGGCCCCACUCCCAACACUCACCUGAGGCCUGAGCUCCAAGCAGGCCUGGAGAGAGAAGGGCUUUAUACCGUUGCCAUGGUUACCAGCACUUGGAAGGGGAGGGGCUAUUUGUUACCAGGAGCCUCCAGGGAGACCCCAGACUAGGGCCCUGGGUGAGUUCCAAGCCAGCCUGGACUGGAGGAAAUGGGGAGAGGCUGAGCCACUGCUCAGCUAGCUGAGCAGGUCCCUGGGCCACAGACUGGCCAAAACCUCAACCCUGAGGUGCCUGAAGCCCCUCCCCAGUCUGAGGGUGGCGAUGGGUGGGUAUGGGGGCCUGUGGCCCUGGAGUGCGCCCAGCAUGGAUGUGAGGGUGGGAGGCAGCAGGGAGCAGUGAGAAGCUGAGGGCUGUGCUGAACCCUAAGCAGCAGUGGUCCCACACACACAGCCUCUGUGCCCGAGUGACUGGCGCUCACCCACCUGACCUGCAAGCUGGAAGCCUCACCUUUCCCAGCCCCUCUCCACAGCCUCUGACCACCACCUGGGCCACCCCCAGGGAGCCCUGGGGACAUUCCCAUAACCGUGGCAACUACUCCCUCUGCCCCAGGACAAAAGCACAGGGGACAGGCAGCAGGAGGACCUCCCAUGCCCUCAGCUGCAUCUGAGUGGGACAGAACAGGCCUUGAACGCCCCGGCGGCCCAGCUGGCUCAGGACCGGGAUGCCCUUGGGGCUGACGGUCAUGGAGCUGAAGGUGUGGGUGGAUGGCAUCCAGCGUGUAGUCUGUGGCGUCUCGGAGCAGACCACCUGCCAGGAAGUGGUCAUUGCACUAGCUCAGGCAAUAGGCCAGACGGGCCGCUUUGUGCUUGUGCAGCGUCUGAGGGAGAAGGAGCGGCAGCUGCUGCCACAGGAGUGUCCAGUGGGCGCCCAGGCUACCUGCGGACAGUUUGCCAAUGAUGUGCAGUUUGUCUUGAGGCGCACAGGGCCUAGCCUGGCUGGAAGACCCUCCUCGGACAGCUGCCCACCCCCAGAGCGCUGUCCAGUUCGUGCCAGUCUCCCCUCAAAGCCACGAACAGCACCAGGCCGUGAGCCCCGCAAAGCACUGACCUGCAGCCCAAGGUGUCCCAGGCUGGCACCCAGCCCUUCACCACCCGAGCUUGUGGCCCCCACUGCACCCACACCAGGCUGCUGGGCAGACCUGCAGGGCCUGGAGCUCAGGGUGCAGAGGAACGCAGAGGAGCUGGGCCACGAGGCCUUCUGGGAGCAGGAGCUGCAUCGGGAGCAGGCUCGAGAGCGAGAGGGGCAGGCUCGUCUGCAAGCACUGAGCGAGGCCACUGCAGAGCAUGCUGCCCGGCUGCAGGCCCUGGACGCCCAGGCCCGCACCCUGGAGGCCGCACUGCAGCUGGCUGCAGAGGCCCCUGGACCCCUCUCACCCACGGCAUCUGCCACCGAGCGCCUGCGCCAGGACCUGGCUAUCCAGGAGCGGCACAGCGCAGAGUUGCAAGGCAGCCUGGCCCUGGUGAGCCGGGCUCUGGAGGCUGCAGAGCAUGCCCUGCAGGCCCAGGCCCAGGAGCUCGAGGAGCUGAACCGUGAGCUCCGUCAGUGCAACCUGCAGCAGUUCAUCCAGCAGACGGGGGCUGCACUACCGCCCCCCCCACGGCCCGACGGGGCCCCCCCACAGGACCUUAUGGCUCCAGGAAGAGAAGAGCCCCUGCCAGGACCCCCUCUGAGUUCUGCCCUCAAGCCUGGUCUGAGCCCCGAGGUUGCCCCCAUGAGGCAGAAUUCCUGGAGGUAGCAGCUCCUGCCCCAGCGUGGUGUCCACGGCAGCCCAGCCCCAGGCUCUGGUGACAGAGUAGUGAGGACAGCUGAGACAAGCCAGCCUGGACCCUGAAAGGAGCGUGGGUGGUCACAGAGGCUUCUCCCCUGUGGAGUGGGAAGCCCUGAGGUUGCUGCUUCAGGGGCCUGAGGGGUGCUGGGAGGAUCAUCCCAGUGACUUCCAAGUCUGAAAAGCUCCCCAGAAAACUUGCCAGGCCUCAAAGGCCAUAACUCCAUGUUGCGGAUGGGAGCUGCUUGGAUAGUGGGCGCAACCUAUGGAUAUGUGCUUGCCUGUGGGAGGUGUCUUUGACUGUGUGUAUGUGUGUAUGUACGUGGAAGAACCUGUGUGCCGCCUCCCCUACCCUGACACUGAAACCUCAAUAAACUGCCCAAAAUA